AGGCCACCAGCUACAAAGCAACAUACUGAACACACUAUUCACACCACCAUUACACCAACACUGAUUGACUAACUGACUGACGCGCGUUCGAUAACUAAGUCAGGAGUCUACCUUCAGUUUGUGAAGUUAAAUUGUGAGUGUUGGUGUAGUGGUUGUGUAAAUACUGUGUUCAGUAUGAAUAUCACCAACGGUUCCAGAAAUUCCAACUAGCAAAGCAACACAGAGCAAGUUUUUCGAUUCUGUAGGCUACUUUUGAUGACAAGAUGUAGACCAGGAAGCAACAUUUAAAAACAGUAUCCUGCGUUGUAGAUCAUUGUAGAAAAAUAUGCCUUAUAGCCUCAGCUAGCUAGCUAAAAUCCACUUAAAGUUACGUCUUCAUCUGAGACAAAACAGUCUCGAGAGUGGUUUCGAGACUGGGGUCACAGAUGUAUAUGGGAGCGAGAGAAGUAUCGGAGAUAAGUCCGGACAAGUCUGCUAGAGCGCAUCUAUCACAGAUGGACACGCAUAUCCCCACUCUCAAGGCUUAAGUAUCCAGUCUUCCGUUCCUGUUGGCAAAGUUUCAGAAAUCUCGGAGACUUGAGUGUUGUAAUUUUAAAAUUAAAACAAAUUUGUUCUUAAAAAUUAGUGAUAGGGGAUGGACGAUGAAGUCAUUGAGUUGAUUCAUCUUUAUGAGGAGCAUAAGUUUUAAUGGUAUGUAUAUGUAUAUAUGUAUAUAUAAUGUAUAAAAAUCACGUUAAAAAAUGCAAAAUAUUGACGAAAACGCAAAAAAAUUCCAAAAUUGUCAGGGAAUGAAGAAAUCGAAGUGUGAACAUUAGUCUGUCUUGAGGAGGAAUUGCUUUUAGAAAUUUCGUGUGUUUAUUAAAUCCAGAAGGAGUUCAAAUUGCACUGCAGACAUCCGGAUAAAAUUUCUAAAUAUUUGUGGAUCUUCUACCCUCAGCUCAUUUACGAGUGUGGAACACGCUCCUAAUUCAUUUCUUCUAUCCACACAUUUCCUCACCCAACAAUCCAUUUUUUUAAUCUCCGUUUUUGGGCAAUUUUGUGUGCCACAAAAAAAGCAAACGCCUGACGUGAGACUUAGUCUCAGGUGGACAUGAAAUAAUAGAGGUUUCGAGGCUGCAAUGAAUGUUGAGUCUCCGGAAUCGGUUUCGAGAGCGAAAGUGAUCGCAGAUGGACAAUAGCCUGUGACUAGUCUCAAGACUUAGUCUCAGGUGGACAUGUACCUUUACUUCGGAUUACAAUAAUCCCAGCACCUUCCUAACGGUAUUUGUAUACAUUGGAAUAUAUGCAACUACCGAAAAAGAGAUAUAGCAAUCCUUUGGUAGUAAAACCGCUAUAAAAGCGAUACUCACAAAUAAUUAAGUCAAAGUUGGUCAUGGAAUAUCUAGAAGCACUAAAUUAAGUAAGCUAAGAAAACAAUGUUGUUGUAUCUGCGUGCUGGCACGCAUAAAUUAACAAGGGAACCAGAAAGCAAAUAAUCUGACAAAAAAAGGUGCAGACCAGCAAACCAGAGCUGAUUUGUUUCUUGUUAAACUGAAGAAAAUAGGAAACCGCAGCCGUGCACUCGAAUGCGAGUCUAUAUCCGGUUUGAGACUGUUCCACGAAAGCUACAGCGCAGGAAGAACCUAAGCAUUACCACAAGUCUGCUGACGGUCCACAGUAAAUACCUUAAAAGAAUAAAAAAUAUCGGUGAAUGCAGAUUUUGUGGAAUUGAACGAAAUACAGUAGCAUAUAAUUUCUGAAAGCAGCGAGACGUAUUGAAUAAAAUGCUUUAAAAUUUAUUCUCAUAUGAUAUUUUUUCUUUGUUACCACUCAAGAAAGUAGUAUUCAAGCUAGAAGAAAAUAUUUACAAUUUAAGUACAAAAUUUAAGAACAAUUUAAAAGGUCAAUACCGUCGAUAUUAACCCUCUGUUUUUCGCUUUGUAGUUAACAGGCGAUUUAGGAAUCAUUAUAUGACUGCAUAUUUAUAUUUCUUUUGCAGUUUAUAAUUCAAAGAUUCUAUCCACUUACUAAUUUUAUACGUUUAAAUGACGAUGUGUACCUACUGACUUUAAAUGAAAUUCCAUUGAAGAAUACAAACUAUUAUACAAUUUAUUUACAUGCCCUUGUAUUUAAAAAAAAAUCUGACGCCCACCAUAUUUUUUAUAUUUAAAUAUAAACUCAUACAUAAGUAAAAAUCAAUCGUUUCAACAAUCGAAAAGAGAUAAUUUAAAUUAGAUGUAAUACCACCCACCCGGAAACCUGAGUCUAACAUCUCCAGUCGCGUCAAGUUUUGUUUAUACAAUUUUCCAACAUUAUAAACGACACCGCAACGAUUACAAUUUUCUAUUUAAUCUAGCUACCGCCUAUGCUCUAGCUGGAAUUCAUAACCUAACCCAACUUUUCUAACUCUGCGCAUCAUACACGGAAUAUCAUUUCACUUUCAACCCGUAGCAAACGCGAGUCUAACCGAGAUACUGACUUCGUAUAUUCGUGAGUCUCGUCGGACUUGCCUUGUUAUAUGAGUCAGUGGGCCAGUAUUCACUACACUUCGUUCGUAUGGUAAAGUCCAUAACAGUGCGGCAUAUCAGUCACUUUCAAAAAUACGCGCGGAGUGGUUUAAUGAAAAAAACUUUGUGUCAAAUGUUCUUAUAAUGACAAUGAUUCUUGUUAAACAACCAAAAAUGCCGUUGGUCGGUGAUUUAUCUUUAUUGAAUUCUUUGGUGCAAGUUAAAGAAGAAAAUAUUAAGGAAGAGUGCGAGGACUAUGUAUGUAGCAGUAGUUCAAGUGUUGAGGAUGAAGGUCCGCUGGACUUGAGGGUACAUUGUGGCAGGGUCAGUCCUGCGAGAGAUUCAGGAACUGAAAGUGACGAUACCGAGGAUAAGAUGUUGGUCGAGGAAGGUGGUGAUUAUAAACCAUUCAAAAAGAAUUUAAUUAAAAGAUUUGAUAAAGAACAAAAUAAUUACAACCAACUUCAUCAACUUCUUUCAAGACAAAGGACAGAUCUACAACAUCCAAGUUUAUGUGAAUAUGGACGACGAAAAUCUGUGUAUCCAACAACCACUGGUUCUCUCCCACCUAGUCCUGCAGAUUCCGGUGUUUCCGAUGUGGACAGUUCCUCCUCAGGUCACACAUCAACCGAUGAACUAAAAGCAAGGUUACAACCAUCAAUACACUCACCGGUAGGCACCCUGUUCCCAAGACACCCCUUUUCGUGGAAUAACGCACCUCACCACGGACAAAGGCCGCCAAACCACAUGUCCCAGCAAUUCUAUCAACCUUUUCCUACAAAUUUGGAUCCCUACAAUAGCUAUAUUUUACAGCAACACCAGGUUCAACAGAAUCAUCAUAUGCACCAUCACAGUCAAUCACCAUUUACCACACCUUCUCCUCCUUCCCCACCUAUAAGACACUCAAUCCCGACAUCUGUUAUACAGGCAGCUACCAGCAGUAUGUACGACGAUCCUUACAUGUUAGGAUUUUCACCGAGGAAACUCAAAAAAGUAAAGAAACAAAAAAUGGGCGAACCAGGCACCGUUAAGAGGAAAUCAAGGGAAGGAUCAACGACUUAUUUAUGGGAGUUUUUAUUAAAAUUGUUACAAGAUAGGGAAUACUGCCCAAGGUAUAUAAAGUGGACGAAUAGAGAAAAGGGCGUCUUCAAAUUGGUGGAUUCGAAGGCUGUUUCGAGGUUAUGGGGCAUGCACAAAAACAAACCCGAUAUGAACUAUGAAACUAUGGGUAGAGCCCUAAGAUAUUAUUACCAGAGAGGCAUUUUAGCUAAAGUAGAUGGACAGAGAUUAGUCUAUCAAUUUGUAGAGGUACCUAAGGAUAUAGUCGAAAUUGACUGCACAGGAGCUGCGUAAAUUUCAAUUAUUUUUUCUCAAAACAGAGAAAAAAAACUGAACCAGCUGGUAGUGGAAACCGGCUGUGUCUCGAAAAGUACAACAAAUCACAAAUUAUUUAUUUAGAAAUAUUGAGUUUCUAGAUUGUAAAUAUUAGCUAUGACUCAAAAGUGUGGUAACAACGAAUUUUUGCAGUUUGUAGCAUUUCUGAAAGAUCUCAUAGUUGAAGUCAUUUUGUAAAAAUUGUCCAAGACAACCUAAAAUAAAAUACUAUAUGGUAGAACCAUAAUUAUUGCUAUUUAUUCUUCAGAUAGCGCAUAUCUCAAAUGUAAAAAAAACCUAAUUUAGUUAACCAUUUUUGAUUGUUUUUAUUACCUGUUAAUUGGAUAAGAAUGGAAACCUAUUUAUGUCCUAUUAUAUAUAAAGAAGUACCAAUAGUGUACAAGUACAGGUCCUCCUCGAAAGAAAUCAUUCGAUUAUGACCACCAUACCUUAUCAAACAUUGACUUCUCAAUUUAUCUCUGCACUUUUGUUUUUGUAAAUCUACUACACUUUUCCUUAAAGAUGUUAUAGAAUUUUCCACUUUUUUGCGUACAAAAGCGUAUUCGACUAUGCCUGACAAAGUUGAAAUUGUCUGACGUGGAUUUGCUUCAGCUUCUACCCUUAGCAUGUCGUUUAUUGUUCUUGGUUCUGAAAUUAGAGAAUCAUCUUUAGAUCAUUGGCGACUGUUGAGUUCCUACCAUUGAGAAACUCAAAAAGUAUAUGUUCUUAUAAUAUUUGGCUGGCCAUUUCACUCCAAAUUUCUCUAAUAUGUAUUUAUUUAGAAGUGAACAAGUCAUAAUGACGUUAAAUGUUUUUGACACGGCUUUGAAGCACCAUAAUGGACUGACAAAUGACAAGCAAACAUCUGGGCAGAGAAGUCGUUACUUAUGGUUCACCUAAAAACAUUAUUAGACAAUAUAUGGAAAAAAUAGCUCUGGAAAUAUUCAAAAAAGCCACAGUGUUAUUUCCAGAUCAGUUUAAAGCCUGGAUUUUCCAAUCCGACUGCUGGGAAUGGGAGUAUAUCAUUUUGGUAUAUUUAGAUAAUUUAUUAAGCUGUAAAAAGAUGUGGUUUUAAUUUCAAGACCACUGAAAAGCGUUGUCGUUGAUUGGAUAAUUGAUAAUGCAAACCUGUUUUUUAAAUUAUUUCACAUUAUAUAAAAGCAUUAGUUUCGAAGAAUAAUCUUGUGGCUUAAUUUUUUAUUUUUAAUUAUUUGAUAGUCAUUAAAUCGUUUCAUUUGAAAUAAAAAACACUGUAAUAUGGAUAUUUUAUCAGUAAUGGCUAAUAAAUAGCAACUAUUUAGUGGUACUACUUAUAAGUAAUGAAAUUUGUGAGCUAAACUCGUUUAAUCUAUAUCCUUAGGUGACCUGAGAUAAUGGGAAAGGUUGUGAUUUGAAAAUAAACACUAUAGUAUGUUGUAAGAUCCUAAAAAAUAUUGUAUCCUACCCUCUACACUAUUUCAUACGAUUGCAAUGAAGCAUUUAUACGAACGUUUGAACUAAUAUUGAGAAAAUUUAAUAUAUUUAUGGUCUGAAGAAAAUGCCGUUUCCUUAAACAUCCAGUGUUUCAUAAUAAUCAAGUUCUUUCUUGUUUAUUUCUUCAAAGAUGGACCAAGUGUUCAAAAACUGCAUUUAUAAGUGCUUUUCAAAAAACAGUUGUACAAAAAAAAUUGUUGGUGGGUCAUUAAAGAUUAUUUUAAGCAGGUUGAUCUGUACAUACAAAGUUUAAAAAAAAUAUAAAAUGUAUCACUGUUGUUUACUGUAUGGUAUGGAAUAGUGACAAUUUUGUUAUAUAGGAAGAUUUUUUAUAAAAAAUAUAUACCUAAAAUGUUAAGAAUAUCAAUUAUAAUAGUAAUAAAUGAAACAUAGUUGUGGAUGUGUGAGAUUUGUGAUACGGACGGGUUUCAGGGGGGGAACAGUUUUUUUCCAAAUUUUUGUUGAUAAAAGAGAACAAAUCCGUUUUGUUUACGUAAUCAAUAAUUUUGUUACGACAUGCGGAUCUGUUUCUCGUACAUAUUAUUUAAUUACAAAGGAAGGUGCUUUAAAAUGGAUUAGAAAAGACUGCGAGGUGCCUAGUGAUUGACAGAAAAAAUAAA